AACAGCGACGAAGAGGAGAGAGGCGGGGAGAAAAGGAGGAAGAAGAUGGCCACCCACUUCACGCUCAACACCGGGGCACGCAUCCCCUCGGUAGGCCUCGGCACCUACAAGUCCGACCCUGGCGUCGUCGCCGGCGCGGUCACGGCCGCCAUCAAGGCCGGGUACCGGCACAUCGACUGCGCACCACUAUACAAGAACGAGAAGGAGAUUGGCGCUGCCCUGAACAAGCUCUUUGAUGACGGCGUCGUCAAACGACAAGACCUUUUCAUCACUUCAAAGAUAUGGUGCAGCGAUCUCGCACCCGAAGACGUUCCGUCGGCAAUCGACCGCACUCUGAAUGAUCUGCAGCUGGAUUAUCUUGACCUGCACCUGAUUCACUGGCCCUUUCAGAUAAAGAAAGGCAGCGAGCUGAGCCCGGAAAACUUUGUCGAGCUCGAUAUGCCCGAGACCUGGCGGGCAAUGGAGAAGCUGUACGAUUCAGGCAAGGCCCGCGCAGUAGGGGUAAGCAAUUUUUCGACCAAGAAGUUGGCCGAUCUGCUCGCUGUGGCCCGUGUUCCUCCGGCUGUUGAUCAGGUGGAGUGCCACCCUGGUUGGCAGCAGACCAAGCUCAGAGCCUUCUGCCACACCAAUGGAGUUCAUUUCUCUGCGUAUGCGCCGCUAGGCAGGAUGGAAGUCGUGGCGGAUAACCCGGUGGUGGCAUCGGUAGCCGAGAGCUUGGGGAGAACCCCGGCACAGAUCGCUCUGCGAUGGGGUAUCCAGCAGGGUCAGAGCGUGCUUCCUAAAAGUGUCAAUGAGUCGAGGUUGAAGGAGAACAUUGACCUGUUUGGCUGGUCCAUUCCUGAAGAACUGUGUGCCAAGUUUUCUGAAAUUGAACAGGUUAAGCGAAUAAGGAACGAAUCAUUGGUGCACUCUCAGAGUAUUUACAAAACGAUUGACGAGCUCUGGGAUGGUGAGAUAUAACUGAAAAUCAGCGCCCGCAUGAAAUGGAAUCUGCGACUAGACUUGAAAUUUAUGCCGUUUUGUUUUCUAAGAAGAGAAAAAUACAUCAUGCCGGAAAACGCGGCGAGCUCCUGGCGUGCAUUUUUGUUGCAUUUUUGGCAGACGACGUCGGCAUUGUUACAUGGUAUUGGUAUGCAUGCAUGAAUAUCUCGAGAGGAGCCCAGGAAUGAAAGCAUAGAACGAGCAAAUUUACAGCAGUAUUCUCCUUUAUUUUCAUCUUUUGUUGUAUGUUCAGAAUAUAUAGCAACGCCAAUGCGUACAUGGAGAAAAAGCUAUGGACGCGGUAGGGCGCGGUCCAAACGACGAAGAGAAGGCCGUCGCCUCACAACUGAGGGAGGCCCUCCGGCAAGAGGAGAUUUGGCUCAAACAGAGGUCUCGUGUGCUGUGGCUACAUGCUGGCGAUCCGAAUACUAGUUAUUUUGCACAAGCAAGGCAGCGCAAGAGGACCAACCGUAUCACCUCAUUGGAGCUGGCUGAUGGUCACGCGAGCACUGAUCCAGCCCAGGUAAAAGAGGAAAUCACUAACUUCUGCCAUGCAUUGUACCAAUCACAAGGUUACAGUCCGAUGGAGGGGCUGCUACAAUGCGUUCAACCAUGGGUCACCGCUGACAUGAAUUAUACACUCGAGAGGGAGUACACGGCGGUCGAGGUUAGGGCUGGAAAAAAAGCUCGAACCUCGUGAGCUAAAUGAGUAGUUCGUGACUCGGCUCGAAUCGAACUCGAAGAAUAACGAGUCGAGCCAAGCUUUAGUUUAAGAUCGUUUAUAGACUAAGUUAAACAAGCCAAUCUCACGAGUACUCGUGUAACUUGUUAGGCUCAGUACUAAAGAGCAGCCACUCCCAAUACAAAAAAAGAUCAGCCA